GCAUUCUUGUCUUUUUACAUCCUCAGACAUCGACUCCUUUCUUUUCUUUUUUUUUUCUAAUUAGACAUUUACUCUUUUCAAUAUUAGGAGAGGAGCGCACGGCCUGAGACACCUACCUAAUCGGCUAAUCCCAAUCAGAGAGAGGUCGGGAAAUGGGUUGGGCCAUAGCUCUACAAGGCGGCGCCGGCGAUAUCCCGCGCACACUUCCGGCAGAACGCCGCGAGACUCGUGAAGCCGCCCUGCGCCACUUCCUAGCAAUCGGCGUCGAUGCUCUGAAAGCCAAAAAGAGUCCCCUCGAUGUCGUCGAGCUUGUGGUUCGUGAACUAGAAAACAAUCCACACUUCAAUGCGGGUAGGGGAUCCGUCUUAACCAGCGAAGGCACGGUCGAAAUGGAAGCUUCUAUCAUGGAUGGUAACACCAAAAGAUGUGGAGCUGUUUCUGGGCUCACUACUGUCGUUAAUCCUAUAUCUUUAGCACGACUGGUCAUGGAGAAAACUCCUCAUAUAUAUCUUGCUUUUGAUGGAGCAGAAAAAUUUGCAAGGGAACAAGGUGUUGAAACUGUAGAUUCGAGCCAUUUUAUAACUCCACAAAACAUUGAGAGGCUUCAACAGGCAAUAGAAGCCAAUGCAGUUCAGCUUGAUUAUACUCAACCCAUUCAAAAGGAUGUGAAGAAAGAAACACCAAAUACUGACAGUGAUAGCCAAAUUGGGACGGUUGGAUGUGUGGCUGUUGAUAAUGAUGGGAAUUUAGCUGCCGCAACUUCUACUGGUGGAUUUGUCAACAAGAUGGUUGGCAGGAUUGGGGACACGCCGAUCAUAGGGGCGGGGACAUAUGCCAAUAAUCUCGUCGCAGUUUCUGCCACGGGAAAAGGUGAAGCAAUAAUACGUGGCACUGUCGCAAGAGAUGUAGCAGCUCUUAUGGAAUUCAAGGGUCUUUCUCUCAAGGAGGCUGCAGCUUAUGUUGUAGAGGAGAGUGUUCCAAGAGGCAAUGUUGGCUUGGUUGCUGUCUCUGCCAAAGGAGAAGUCACAAUGGCUUUAAAUACAACAGGGAUGUAUCGAGCUUGUGCCACUGAAGAUGGGUAUUCGGAGAUUGCAAUAUGGCCUUCUGUGCAGAACUGAGUGCUUUAGGUCUGCUGAGGAAAUUGCUUGGGAUGUGUUAGGGGUCUAAUGGAGUGCAAAGGGAGAAACAAGCAAAGGCUGAGAUGAUUUCUAUUUUCAUUAGAAUUAUGGCAGUAAAGAAUAAAGAGAUUGUGUGUAUCACUAAGUAGUAGUAGUAGUAGUUUUCUUUAUGGUUAUCAAGUGUGGAGAUUAUUUAUUAGAGAGGAUCAAAAUAAAUAAUAAAGAAAAAUAUUAUGGGUACUAAUGAAUAAGCUCCACAUUAUUUUGGUACCCUUCUUUUGGUUAAAUAUUUUGUACCCAUAACAUUUUUCAAUUCCAAAUUGUGUUAGGAAUAUUGCAUGCACUCUUAUCUAAUAAGAACUUGUUUAUAGAA